UAAAAUGUUUAACAGCUGUUAAAAAAUUGUUUACCUUUGAACAAGCAUGUCAUCCUAUAUUCUGGUAGGUAUAGUAUAAUAAUAGUCCAUGCAUAAUAAUGAAGAAGAUGGCUUUAAUUUGGAGUCGAAUUUACAAAUAGAAGAAAAAAUCCAACUUAGUAAAGAAGAUCUAAUAAAGUCUUUAUGCUAUCUUGAAGCUGAAAUACAAGCACGGGAACUAAUUAUUUAUAAACUUAGAACGGAUAAGAUGAGGUUGGAGAUAGAAAACAUGAGAUAUUGGAUCCAACCUGACGGUCAAAUAUCACCUUCUCCUAUAGAUGCCCUUAAACGGGAUUCAUCACAUACCAAAAUCGAUUCCUUCGCGAAAGCACGUUUGUCUAACGAUAUUCCAAGUCUGUUAAAAUGCCAUACAAAUGAUUGUCUCAAUAUAUCACUUAGCUAUCGGAAAUCCAUGAAAGCCUUAAAAACGGCUAACCUUUCUUUGCGGGAGAGAUUAUUUAAACAAAGUCAAGAAACUCACGCAUUGAGGAAUAUAAUAAUAAAUUUUCGCAGUUUAAGGGAUAGUCAAACAAAAAGGCUCCUUCACAAACUUUCUCAGCGCUUAUGCAUAGUCAACGAAAACAACCCAAUAGAUUCGCCAAUUAUCGAGAAAAAUGGUGUCGAUGACUAUAAAAUCAUAGAGGCCACGAAAGAUCUCUUGUUAUUUUCACUGCUCAGAGACAGGAAAGAAACGUUGGAUAGCAUUGCUAGACUAACGGAUAACUUUGCAGAUUUAUCAAACCAUUUUCAUUACGAAAUCCUUACUCGUCCAGAGGAAAAAUUGGAAUGGGAAAAGAAAGAAAUCACGCUAGAAACUCAAAUUCAUGACCUUGCACUUCAAAACGAAGCAUGGCAUGGCAAGUUCGAUAAAGAACGACGUACUAAUGAAAAACUUUUGUUUUUGCUUCGAUUAAACCAAAAUUAUUCAGAUGGUUGUACAUAUUUGGAAAAAAAACUUCAUCGUUCCAGCGAUAUAAAGAAUGAAAUAUUUGAUUCUUUUGAAACUGACUCAAGGAUAUCAAAAGAUCGGUGCAAUAUUCAUAAUAUGUCCCCCUCAAAUAUUAAUGGCAACUCUAAAAUAAAUUAUAACAGUGAUGGCGGAAAUGUUAAUGAACAUCGUUCACCUAUUUCACAAUACUAUUCAAACCACGAAAAUGAUAAUUACGAGAAAAAUACUUUAAUAUAUAGUUAUAUUGAAACUAUAACUCCUAAUAAUUUUAUUGUUAAUAAAUUAAAAUCGAACGAAAUCAAAGAAAAGAAUUAUAUUACUGAUACUCAAAUAAACGUAGUUUGCAGUGGAUUUGAAUGUGAGCCCCAUGUUGAAGUGAUGGAUAAAGGUUUACAAAACCACGAGGAUGCGAAUAUUAUUAGAAAUGGCAUAAACAAAGAUUUUGACCUUAUGAUCUCUGAUUUAAAUAAAUUGUCCAAAAAUAUUAUGUUCUCAAAAUAAUUUAAAUUAUGUAAUUAGAAAUUUGAACACUUUUGUUAUUAAAUCUAGUUAAAUAAGUUUAACACAAUGAAUUUUGUAUCAAAUGUUAUGUUGGGUGCUGCUUUUAGUAAAAUAUUUAAAUGAACCGUCUAUAUAAUAUCUAAU